ACUUUUCCAGUUGAGGUCUGGAUGCCAACGGUGCCGGUUGUCUACGCGUCACGUGUCGUCGAAAUCCAGCCGAGAACGGGCGGAUUGUGAAAGAAGGUUUGGGGGGUUGAACAUUGGUGUACUUGAGUUGGAAAGUGAAGACGCCAAGCAGCAAAGAAGUCUGUUUGGAAGCUACUAACCUGAAUUCUGUUGGUUUGAAAACGCUUGAACAGCUUCGAUGGUGAUUUUGUCGUGAUCUGGUGUAAUCUCCCUUUCCCUUGGUCGGUUGGAGCCACGUAAUCUCAAGGUUCAUCGACGGACUGCGAAGGGAUCAGUCCUCUACCGAAGGGGACGUAGCUUUACCGGUGGCGAAGAAGGCGACAGAGGAGUAGUGCUGAUGGCACGCUGAAAGUGAGUGAAUCUAGAGCCGCGGGAAAACUUGUGAAAUCAGUGUAUUUUUUGCCAUCAGCUUAUUGUUAUGGAAUGUUUGUUUUAGGGAAGUUGACUGUGGGUAUGUUUUUGGUGAUUCGUUUGUUUAUGGACCACAGCAAAGUGUUUCAGGUGGAAGGAAUAAUUGUCGUUUCAAGUAUAAUCUUCGCGUAGAUAAACAACGGUGAGUGUGAGAACAGCUUUUGAUAUUUGGAGAGCAAAUAUGCUAUUUGUGGAAUGGAUCCGUAGCAUUUGAAUGUAUUGUGCGGCUCUGACAUUUCGCAACGGUGGAUUGGAAACUCUCGAACAGUUCAGCCGGUGAUACUUCUUACUUCCGAAAACAAUCGCUGAAAUAGAAAGCCUAUCAAUCUGUCAACAACUGAGUCAGAGUGAAUAAUUUCGUUACCGCAGGCGAUAAUUGGUUCGACAAUCAAAUGCCGUUACACAGCUGAAGUGAUUCGAGAAAAAGUGUCAAUCGGAUCGAAAAUUAAUCCGCCCGAUAACGGUUUGCUUCUGUGUGUGUCAUGAAAAUUGGUUCGAAAAAUGUAAUCAAUUUCAUCUGGGUGCAGCAGCAGGAAGAAAAUGUUUUAUGACCACCGUCGUCGUCACCGCCGUUGCAUAAGAAGGAGCACAAUCCUCACCGCCAUCGGUGGCCGUAGCGUUGCGAAGAAUUAGAGCCAGAGAGGUGCUUUCUCUGGCAGUCAGUGGCGCGUGUUGUUCGAUUGAGGCGCGGUUGCGCGUGUAGGUAUCACCAAGCCGCGUGGUUGUGCAAUUAGCGAGAUAUUGGAAGGAAUCGUAAAGAUGAUUUGAUAGUGAUAUUUUGAGUUCAUUUUUUUUUGUUUCGCUCUGGAAAUUGCAUCUUACAGAGGGUGCCGGAAGAAGAAAUAUCGUCCGACGGACCGCGGGUAACACCCACGGUAAUCCAAUCUGUUGUUACAGCAGUGCAGUGGUGAAUUAAGUGGUGUUAUAGCUUUGGAAAAAGGGAAAAAAAAGUACGAAGGAAAAUGGGAAAAUCGAACCACCGAUUAAUGUGGCUGAUUUGGCUGAUUGGAUUACAGUGCUUGAUGGUUGCAGUUUGCACGGGGCAGAGCAGUUCAGAAGAUGUCUCGACGACGCCAACAAGCGCUGAGCCCAGCACUGUAGGAAAUAAUGCCAUAAAAGCAGAAAGUGCCUUCUCCACAGCGAUACCGUUAGAUGUUCUACCAUUAAGUAAAGACAACGAUAACCAAAACGAUACGAUAGCCAAAGAGACCCCAGAAAGCACCACACUAAAAUCCGAUGGCGAUGGGUUGACUGAUGCCUCAGGCCCAUCUCAAACAGAAACAACAACCCCACACUUGACCCCCUCCGAUCUCGACGCGAAUGAGGUAAGCACCGAGUCAGAUGUUGCUACCAAGCAUUCAGCUGGCACUGACGAGUCAUCUGGAAUGACUUCGAAUGAAAAAUCAACACCGGUUCUGCUGCACGUUAAAACCACCGAAGAGGUCAGCAAUGACCAAAAUCCGGCUAAUCCACCUUCCAUAUUGGACCAUUUCGUUCCGGCCGGUGAAAGCUCGUCGGAGGAGUUGCUCAAAAUGAGUGACAUGAGAUCAUCGUCAUCAUCAUCGGCCGAGGUGACUCCCCGCGGUCGUGCCAUUAAUUUUGACUCGGCCGAUGGGCCAAUCAAUUUCGUUACUGCGCCAGACCUUGCGACAGGAAUGACCACCAAAGGUCCCACAACAGAAAUACCGACCACGACGACGGUGGGGCACGAGAAAAAGCAGCAACAUCAAACCGCACUGCCGGAUCUGUCCGAUAUCAGCAUGGAGGAUGAAGAGGUCGAUGAGGGAAGGUCGGGAGAGACAAACCCAAAGGGUGCUGAGAAGAUGGACCACAACAAAAGCGUGAAACACAUGAUGGUCGUCGAUGAGUGCAUCUACAAUGGAGUCGAGUACAAGACAAACCAAACCAUCGAUAAGGAAUGUGACGAACGAUGUACCUGCGAGGAAGAUGGUAAAUGGCGCUGCGAGCCCCGUUGUGCGAGGCCCUUCAUCAAACGGGGGAAAGCACUGCUGGAGGCCGGAUGCUACGAGAGUCCCUCCAAAACCGAUGACUGCUGUGCCACUUUGGUGUGCCCAUCAGAGCGACUUACCGAUGGUCGAGCGGAUCACACUGAUGAAUCAACGGAUAAGAUACCAACCACGUCAACAGCGAUAGUUACCAGCUGCAUCUAUCGAAACCAAUCGUACGAUGUGAACGCCAAAGUAGAAAUGGGUUGCGAUAAGAUCUGUACUUGCAACAGCGAUGGCGAAUUGGAUUGUGCACCGCGUUGUCCACCGAUGAACGAAACUCGUUCAGAACAUUGCGUGACCGUUCCGGAUCCUAAUGAUGCAUGCUGCAACCGCGAGUUCUGCGAUGUUAUUCUCGACGAUCAUGAACAGAGUAGUGCCAUGAUGAUGAUGGCCUCUUCAACGGCUGCUCCUGCUCCGUCAACAACUGCCGGUCAUGACUUCAGCGGAGAAAUCGACCAGUGCGAAUACAAAGGAAAGAUGUAUACCAAAAAACAGCAAUUUCAUGACGAAUGUAACUCGUUGUGUCUCUGUACGGACGCUGGUGUGCACUGCGCCAAGAUUGAGUGCCCUUCCCAUUUUGGUUUGGAUGUUCUAGACCCGCACUGCCUCCGAUGGGAACCUGAACCAGCUACGUUUCGAGCGAUAGCUCCUCGAUGCUGCCCAGAACGUAUGAGGUGCGUUGACAAUGGGACAUGUGUGUUCAAGGGUCGUAACUUCGAUAACUGGUCGGAGAUUCCAAGUAAUCUUACUGGAUGCGAUCAACAUUGUUAUUGUGAAUCUGGCAAAGUCGAGUGCAGACCUGCUUGUCCUCCGGUUCCAGCAACCCCUCCAUCAAACCUACCGUGUAGUCCUCGGAUGGCGAGAUUAGCUCCACUUCCGGAUGACGAUUGCUGCAAGCAUUGGACGUGCUCUAACGGAGAGCCAUCAAUUACUGGAAACGAUGUGCUUAAACCUCUGCUUAUGCCCGAUACAAUCAAUCAGUUUCUUCCGACAAAGCCGCCGAAAAUCGAGAAAGGAGAGAAGGCAAAACCAGAGAAAGAAUCGGAAACUCCUAAAGAUAUCCACCCGAACGUGCCGUUCUACCCAACAGUUGAUGGGAGGCCACCUAAGGUCCCCCAGGAGAAACCCCAUAAGAAACAUCCUAAGGAGGAUUCUAAGAAGGAUCAUUUCAACAAUAUAUACCCUGGCGGUGAGACUUCUGGGCCAGGUGAUUACGGCCAGUACGGCGACAACCAGAAACCGGCAACACUCGGCGUUCAACGGCCGGGCCCACCUGGUUACUACGGUCCGGAAAUCAAGCCUGGCUACAACGACUACAAUCCGUACAUCCACGUGAACGGCCCGCCGGAUUCGGUUCCGCUGCCACCGGGCGGUCAGCUGCCGCAUCAUCCCCUGGACAAACAGCUCCUCAACGCACUCGGUGGAAAUCCGCAGAACGUUCCGCCGAACAUUCGCAUCGAGCAGCUACUGCAGCAAAUUCACGCCCAAGAUCCCAAUCCCGGUCCCGUCCUGCAUGGUCAGAACAUUCCCUUCCAGCACCCGGCCGCAAACUCCGGUAACGGCAUCAACUACAACCAGUACGGUGAGCCGUUAGACAUUGGACUCGUACCGCACCAAAGACCUCAGUCACCACCAUCGCCACCCACAGGACCUGGUCUUGGCUUCCCAUCUCUUCAAGCGGAUCUCAAGGUUCUCGCGUUGGACGCCGUCGAUCCGAACACAGUGCGCGUCAUUUUCAUCGUUCCCCAGGUGUACGUCGGUCUGCAUGGACGUGUCGAACUGCGCUACACUCGCACGCGAAACAACGACAGCUCCACGUGGCAGUCGCAAGUGUUUGCCCCUCCAGAUGAUCUGAUCGCCACGUCACAGCUCGAAUUUGAACUGCCCGGUCUGGAACCGAACACUGAAUAUCGAGUGAAGAUCACUCUAGUCUUGCGAGAUGUCAACUCACAACCAUCUAGUCAAAUCUACAACGUUCGAACUCCGUCCGACCGGGUCAUCACUCCACCCACAUUAAUCAACACCGACCUGCACUAUCCCCACCUGGGACAACCAACCAAUUUCCUCAAGGAGAUCAUUCAAGACCCGGUGCUGCAGACGAACGAUGUGAACGCUACAUGGGCGAAGAUUACGUGGCGCAAGUUGGACGAUGAAGAACUCGAUUACGUUGAUGGUAUUCAGCUUCGCUACAAGGAGAUCGACGGGAUGGUUUACGACGCUACUCCGCUCAUUCAUCGGGCACUAAGCGAAUAUACAUUGGAAAAUUUGAAGCCCCAAACUAGAUACGAAGUUGGCAUAUUCUUUAUUCCAUUCCCCGGACACGGUGAGGAAGUCCGAGCCGGAGAAAUGCUUCAAUUUACCACUGCCCAACGGGUCGACAUGUACGGAUUUGAAGUGGUGGUGAAUGUUAGCAAAGUCAAGGCGAGUAGCGUCGAAGUGAGCUGGUCCGGCGUUCCUUACCCAGAAGAUAAAUACAUAAACAUCUAUCGCGCUAUCUAUCAAAGCGAUAGUGGCAAGGAGGAUUCAAGUGUGUUCAAAGUGGCGAAGCGAGACUCAACGACAGGAACUCUUAUUAUGGACCUUAAGCCAGGCACAAGAUACAGGCUGUGGCUGGAGAUGUACCUCACGAACGGAAGCAUUAAAAAGAGUAAUGUGGUAAACUUCAUUACAAAACCUGGUGGUCCAGCGAUACCUGGUAAGACAGGCAAACUAUCGGUGGCCGGUGUCGAACACAAUCCAGGGGACUACUAUGGACCGCUAGUGGUAGUAGCUGUGAUAGCUGCUUUAGCGGUAAUGUCAACUUUAAUAUUGCUGCUCAUCCUCACCAGACGGCGAGUGCAAAGUGCCACAAUCACACCUCCUCGAAAGAACGAAGUGUCCUACGAUAAUCCUAGCUACAAGGUCGAAAUCCAGCAAGAAACCAUGAAUCUGUGAAAAUAACGCUAGAACCUACAACUGCACAAGCGAUAAAACGGUUUUAUUCUGUUUAUCUAACCGCGACUGCCAUCGACAGGCACCCACUUUGUAUAUUAAUGCUUCAAACUAAACGAACUGCUUUUAAUUGUACAUAAGCUCGAAGCUAGUAAAGAAAUCCCACGUGUGCAGUGCAUAGGUCGAACGAAUCUCCGUCCCAAGAAGACAUCACCACUUUCACAGUCUGUUACAUAGUUGAAUAAUCCAAAGCACCGAACCUCGUAUUAUAGCGAAGCAGACCAACACGUUGAAUUCCCAGUGACCAUUCCUUGUAGAGAGCGAAUACAACAGUUCGAGCCACCUUCGAACGAAUGCGAUGUGUGAAUGAUAUGAAUGUGUUUUAUACUUUUUAUAUAUAAUUACUUUCGAACCCAGUGUAUAAGGUUAGAUCCGAUCUUAGGCCAAGACUGUACAUAUUUAUUCUUAACUAAGACCUUUUUUGAUGUAGGUAAACGUACUUGUACGAACGCUAGGACCUUUUUAUGUAAAUAUGAGAUGUACUAUUUUAAAUGA